AUGGAGUUUCCGAGUUACUUGCCGGAGUUCGCAGAACGAGAUGUUCCUCGAGGGAUCACACAAAAGCGCCGGGAUGUCGAUGGGAGGAACAACGUACGUGUAAGAGCCAACGUCAUAGAAAUCGUGGAGGUCGACACAGUAAGAGAGACUUUUCAGGCGGUCUUCGUGCUUGAGUUUACCUAUGUGGAUCCCACUCUGGAAAACACCUGGCUCCACCUGAAGUAUCGCGACGAUAAUGGGAGCGUCGUGACUACUUUUGCCCAGGUUCUGGGGCAAGCAGCGGGUGAUCGGAUCGUCGUACGCACCGGCAGGCAAGUGAACGAUUCUUCAGAGAUCAUCCAGGAUGAAGCGGGGAAAGCAAUUCGGAAGGAUCGUGUGCUGGCCAUCUACUUGCCGGAAUAUUUGAGGGAGACUGACCCCGAUGGCUGGGCGCAGCAUUUUGCCUUGGACUGGUCUUUCAUGAAUGCGAUCGAUGAGCCCAAGAUCAUGAUGCAGUCCCGACAGAUUGAGUACUUCAGCGAAAGAGGUGCCCAUGUAAAGUACAAGGGCAAGUUCAAUGCGAUUCUCAGCGAACGCCUUGAGCUGGAUGCCAUGCCUUUCGACCGGCAGCUUCUGCGAAUCCAGGUCGUGGCCGAGAUUCCAGCCUACCGGAUGCGGUUCUUGCCCACGUACUCUUCUGGGGGGCGGUUGAAGACUUCUCCCGCCAGGCCUUAUGAGCAGGUGCCCCGAGAGUGGAGGGUUGAUGCCGACCGACGCUGGCUGCCGAAAGUGGAAGUUCUCGAGGAGGAUGGGCCGAACGCACGGUCCAGGUUUGAUAUCCACAUCUACUUGGAGCGAAACCCGACCUUUUACCUCUACAACCUUUGCUUGCUUCUUGCAAUGUUCACUUUGGCAACCUGCAUUGGCUUCUGCACAGACGUGGGUGGGCAGGCGGAUCGGUUGUCUGUGCACCUGACCUUGCUGCUCACGACUGUAGCCUACAAGUACGUGGUUACGACAUGGCUGCCCGUAAAGCCAUACCAGACGAGACUGGAUAAGUUCACUCUGAGAUGCUUCUAUUUCCAGUUCGCGGCCAUGGGGCUCUGUGCUCUGGAGCCGUUUCUGCAGAACCGCCACGUGAUCAGCGAGGAGGGGAUGACAUCUCUGGUCAUUUGCGUGUACUCGUUGCUUUUUGCACUCCUUCUCGCACUGGGAUGUAUGGUCACACUGGGAGAGUACGGAUACUGCAGAGCACUGUAUCAAUGGUUCUUUUUCCAAGAGUGGAAUGAGGUCUACGCCAGCAAUCAUGUGUGGCCCAACCGCAGCACUGGAGAGCCACCCAGCAUUUACGUUGCGGGUGCCGUCGCCCCUGCAGCUGGCAUUAAUGUGGACCCUUACGACCAAACCCUCAACGAAGUCACUGAGCUGCUGCUAUCGGACACGGACUCCAACUGA